CUCAGCCAAGGGUCACUUUGAAAAGACUUUGUUUGAAUGGACAUGAAAGAUUUAGACUGUUAUUAACCAACUUUUCACUGAUUUCUCAAGAAAAUGCACUUAUACAACAUUCUGCAACUCGCUGAGGACAAAGGAACUGAAGAUAAGUCAAGAUUAAGGUAACGUUAAAGAGCUGUUAAAGUCCAUUAAUGGUAUACAUGUAAUAGUGAGGAAUCUAUGUCAAUGCAGCUAUAGACGAAGCCACAGUCUGACAGCCAGAGUGUCAGACAUGAAUACGGUAGUGAAAAUGAGUGUGUAUGAACGGUGUUACUAAGAGCACGGCAGGAGCUCUCCAGGGUGCUGAAGUUGCUUCUCUACUGAGUUGCUGCAACAUCGUACCACUGCAUCAACUAGUCCUACAAAAGGAUGAUAGAGAGCUGAGGGGCUGCUUUCACUGAAACCUGAUUGAUGUUCUGAAAAAAAAAGACUGAAUAGACUGAAAAAUACUGGAGGAAUGGUCCCCUAAACUUAGCCCCAUCCUUAAAAUGCUGCAGAUACUAAAGGAAAAUUGAUCUGAUCGCAGGAUUGGACUUUCAAACAGCAGCUAAAUAACGGGAAGCCAAUCUGCAAAGCGUCAAACUUUUUGAAGGGAUUGCGUGGCAGUAAAACUGUUUCUCUUUCAGAUGUACUAUAACCUGGCAUCAGAGACUACUGUGUAAACUCCAUGUAUGAUAACGGACACUAAAAGUGGACGAUGCAACAGUUUCCUCUCCAUUUCGGAGGUGCACUAUGGGAGUUAUCCAGUUACCCCUGUUGUCCCAUCCUGAGGAGCAAACACAGCCUUUCCACACUGCCAUUCUACAAUUUAACUCUAUGGAUCAUUCUUGGGGUGCUGACAUUCCCCUGCUGUGUGCAAUGCCUAAUAUUUAAAGUUGGAGUGGUGGGGCCUUGGAACUGUGACCCUGUCUUCUCCAAAGCACUCCCUGUAGUCGCAUCAAAAUUAGCCAUUAAUAGGAUAAACGAGGACUUCAGUUUGGACUUGGGCUGUAAACUGGACUUUGUGGUGCUCCAGGAGCCGUGUGAAACGUCAAAAGCACUGACCACAUUUGUAUAUUAUGAAAAAUCAGCUGAUGGUUUUGUGGGACCUACAAACCCAGGAUACUGCAACGCAGCGACCCUCCUGGCCAAGAACUGGGAUAAAGCCAUCUUUUCAUGGGCUUGCAUCAACUAUGAGCUGGAUCGAACUGAAAACUACCCCACUUUCGCACGGACACUGCCAUCACCAGCACGGGUUCUCUUCACUGUGCUGCGGCAUUUCAGAUGGGCUAACAUUGGCAUUGUGUCCUCUAAUGAGGAUAUGUGGAUUGACACUGCUAACAAAGUGGCCAGUUCUCUGAGGAGCCAGGGGCUUCCCAUAAGCAUUGUUGCAUCUGUUGGCAACAACGACACUGAGCUGGAGAACACACUGAGGGCUGUCCAGAAUGCAGGGGCAAUAAAAGUCAUUAUCAUGUGCAUGCACUCGGUGCUGAUUGGUGGGGAGCAGCAGAUGAACUUCCUGCUGAAGGCCUACGACAUGGGCCUAACCAACGGACGUUAUGUCUUCAUACCUUAUGAUACUCUGCUGUACAGCCUGCCCUACACUGACACUGCCUACUUCACAAUGCUCAAUAACACCAAGCUGCGCAAAGCAUAUGACGCCGUGCUGACCGUCACUGUGGCUUCUGACCUGAUGUCCUUCAACCAGGCCUUCAACAUGGCCAAACGACAGGAAGAGCUGAGCGUGUCAUACGGUCCAGAGCAGGUUUCUCCUCUUUUUGGCACAAUCUACAACGGACUGUACCUCAUUGCCAAAGCUAUAAACAACGCCAGGAGAGCUGGCCAGUGGCUCUCAGGAACCAAUCUGGCCCUCUACACCCGUAACACAACAUUUACCGGCUUCAACCAGAACAUCAAGAUAGACCGCCAAGGUGAUGGGCAGACAGACUUUGUGAUUCUGGACUCAGAUGGCUGGGGGACGCACCUGUACCUCUGCUAUCUGGUGGAUCUGGGCUCAGAUGUUGUUCGCUUCGCUGGCAAGUCCAUUCACUAUCCAGGGGGUUCCCCUCCCUCUGCUGACUCCAGCUGCUGGUUCGAUCCCAACGCCAUCUGCACCGGAGGUGUGGAAAUCAUCUAUGUCAUCAUAGUGUUUGUGGUUGUCUUCGUUUUCACUGUUGGUGCCAUCAUGUUAAGUCUGUUUAUAAGGAGGCGAAUCCAACAGAUCCAGUUUGUAAAAGGACCCAAUCGGAUCUUGCUUACUUUAGAAGAUCUUACUUUCAUCAAUCCCCAGCUAAGCAAACGGAAAAUCACCCUGGAAGAACUCAGCGACUCCAAAAGUGUUGUGGAUGAGAAGAGCACCAGAUCAGGAGAUCGCUCUCAGUCCAUAAACAGUCUGGCAACAGCAACGUAUGAGAACUCUAAUGUGGCUGUCUAUGAGGGUGACUGGGUGUGGCUGAAGAAGUUUGAAGAGGGCCAAUUCAAGGAGGUUAAGCAGAGCACCACCAAAAUAUUUACAAAGAUGAAGGAUCUCCGGAAUGAGAAUGUUAACCUGUUCCUGGGGUUCUUCUGUGAUUGUGAUGUAUUUGCUGUGGUCACUGAACACUGCUCAAGAGGGAGCCUACAAGACCUACUGCGCAAUGAAGAUGUAAAACUGGACUGGAUGUUUAAGUCUUCUUUGGUUCUGGACCUCAUCAAGGGAAUGAAAUACCUUCACCACCGAGAAUUCCCUCAUGGACGACUAAAGUCACGGAACUGCGUGGUGGAUGGACGAUUUGUCCUAAAAAUAACAGAUUAUGGAUUUAAUGAGCUUCUUGACUCCCAGAAAGCUCCAAGGCAAGAGUUUCCUCCAGAAGAUUUAUUUUGGACAGCUCCUGAACUUCUCAGAGACCCUGAGAACUCAAGAAGAGGGACAUAUAAAGGUGAUGUGUAUAGCUUUUCCAUCAUACUCCAAGAGGUGGUUGUUCGUGGACCUCCAUACUGCAUGCUUGGAUUGUCUCCUGAAGAAAUAAUUCGGAAGGUGAAGAAGCCUCCCCCCAUGUGCAGACCUACGGUAGCUCCCGACCAAGCUCCACUAGAGUGCAUCCAGCUGAUGAAGCAGUGCUGGAGUGAACAGCCUGACAGAAGGCCUUUGUUCGAUGAGAUAUUCGAUCAGUUCAAGCUUAUAAACAAGGGCAAGAAGACCAACAUCAUAGACUCCAUGCUGCGUAUGCUGGAGCAGUACUCCUCUAACCUAGAGGAUCUGAUCAGAGAGAGGACAGAGGAGCUGGAGGUGGAGAAACAGCGGACGGAGAAACUCCUGACAGAAAUGUUGCCUCUGUCUGUGGCUGAGGCUUUGAAAACUGGUGCCACCGUGGAGCCAGAGUACUUUGAUGAGGUCACCAUCUACUUCAGUGACAUCGUGGGUUUCACCACAAUCUCCUCACUCAGUGACCCCAUCGAGGUUGUGGAUCUGCUCAAUGAUCUCUACACAUUGUUUGAUGCAGUGUUGUGUAACCACGAUGUAUACAAGGUGGAAACCAUUGGAGAUGCCUACAUGGUGGCCUCUGGGCUUCCAAAGAGAAAUGGCAAUAAGCAUGCGGCUGAGAUUGCCAACAUGUCCUUGAACAUCCUUAGCUCUGUGGGAAGCUUUCAAAUGCGCCACAUGCCAGAGGUUCCAGUCAGGAUACGAAUAGGCAUUCACUCAGGGUCAUGUGUUGCUGGAGUAGUGGGCCUAACUAUGCCUAGAUACUGCCUUUUUGGUGAUACAGUCAACACCGCCUCUCGUAUGGAAUCUACGGGUCUGCCUUAUAGAAUUCAUGUGAACAUGACCACUGUGAAGAUUCUCUGCUCUUUAAAUGAUGGGUACAAGAUCGAACUUAGAGGAAAGACAGAGCUGAAGGGUAAAGGCAUUGAGGAAACAUACUGGCUUGUUGGAAAAACUAAUUUUACAAAGCCUUUGCCGAAGCCUCCUGACAUCAAACCGGGGGAUAACUGGCAGGACAUGGUGACGGACGAGAUCAAGUCGAUUUUCCGGAAGGCUAACAGGCAGGUGGACAAGCCUAAAAUCUGAAAAGGAAGGAGGAAGAUGGAAGGAUAGAUGUAGGAGGAGGAGGAUGGAUGACAGAGGCUGAGUAAGAGAGACACAGAGGACGCCGUGUGUGAGUGUGUAUCCCUCUCUGAUCACUGCAGCUUAAUGAGACUUCUUUAAUAGGAUUGAGUGUCUUCUGUCUAAUCUGCCUCUGACCAGCACAGCAGAAACAGUAGUGCACUAAUGAAAUGAGAGCGGAGGAACAGGUAAUUAGAGAAAGUGUGUUCCUACUUGACGCGGACUACAGUCGUUCUUCCUUUGUUUUGGCCACCGAGUGGCUUUGUGCUCAUCGCUCAGGCUUGCUGCACAGUCAUCGAGGUUUUGCUGUCAUAUGUGUUGAAGUGUUUUCUGUUGGCUUGUUCAUACCUAUAUGUUUUUUUUUGUUUUUCCCAAACCAAAAAGAUGAUAAUCAGGUCAUCAGAUUAAGCGGACAUCUGUUCCUAAGAUCAAACGUAAAGCUUUUUGAACCUAUGUGAGAAUCUGGGCUUUUAAAUUAAAGCACUACACAACAACUGAAGCCUGAAAAUAAAACAGCUAUCAAACCCAGUAAUUUAUCUAAAUUUAACUAAACAGCUUGUGAUAUGAUUUCCCUGGUUUUGAACUGUUCCACGCGUUUAAUCUUAUUGUAUAGAACAAGAGAGAUGGCUCAUGCCUGUAUAUAUAUAUAUUUAUAUAUAUAUAUAUAUAUACACAAGGUGAGUCAAAAGUCAUAGGACACCAUUUUAUUUUAUUUUAUUUUUUAUUUUAUUAUUGACUUUUAUCUCUGGUGUAAUCUCAAACUAAUUCAAGUGUACAAGUGUAUGCUGAGAAAAUCUGCAACAAACACGACCUUCAGCACAGUAUCACGGAGGCUUGUGACAGCAUUAAAAUGAAAAUAAAAUAAAAUGGUGUUCUGUGACUUUUGACUCCCCUGUAUAUCUA